GGACCCCCAAACAUCCGGGUAUAUAUGCGCGCGCGGCGCUCGGCCGCCACUCGCGCGCCGCCCUCCGCGCCGCAAGCCUGCGCGCCAACCCUCGCGAUGCGUGUGUUCGUGCUUGUGUGUGUUCUCAGUGCGUUGAACCUGUCAGACGCGUUCUGCGCGAACUGCGCGAGCGACGUCGACCUGACAGAUGUGCGGUUGGAGUUUGUGAAGAGACAGAUCUUGAAGAAGUUGCGGUUGAGUAAGAAGCCGUCGGUGGCUGUGCCGGUGAACAGCCUGCCGAUGCCGGUGGCGCAGGGGCAGACGCUCAGUCAGGGCACGGAUAAACCGCCCGAGUUUGAUGAUUACUAUGGAAGGACGGAGCAGAAGAUCAUCUUUCCUGUUGAAGGGGAGUGCCUGACGUCGGGCCGGUACCCGUUCACGUGUCUGCAGUUCGAGCUGCCCCCAGACCUGGAGCCCGAGGAGGUCACAGUCGUCGAACUCUGGUUUUUCAAGGAGCCCGAUCCACUAGACGAAUACAACCAAACAUUUGUGAUCUCCGAAGCGGCCCACUGGGACAGCCAGCAACAGUUCAAAAAAACCAGACCCAUCGCCAUCAAAGAGACUGACACAGGGGAGGGAUGGGUUAGAGUGGAGCUGGCGUGGGCGGUCAGGGUGUGGUUAGAAGAACGGGAGAGGUUACACACACUUCAUGUGGCUUGCAGGACUUGUCAGCUGCGCCGGUCGCCUCUCUCUUUCCAUGAGAAGCGGCGUCCCUUCCUCGUGCUGUACACGAAAUAUGCCGGGAAAAGAAGACGGAACCGCGCGCUGGAGUGCGGCUCCGGCACCACAGACUGUUGCAGAGAACCGCUCUAUGUCGACUUUAAAACAAUAGGUUGGGCGGACUGGAUAAUCAAGCCGGCGGGAUACCACGCGUACUUCUGCAAGGGCAACUGCGCGCCCAUCUCCGCUGUCACGCAGACGGGCAGCUACCACAAUAAUAUUAUUAGAAAAUAUUUCUACACGGUGGGCAAGCCGGAGUUCAAGCCAUGCUGCGCGCCGACCACCUUCAGCUCUCUUCAGCUCCUGUACAUGGACUCCAAUAACACGGUGACGCAGAAAACGCUGCCCAAUAUGGUGGUCGAAACUUGUGGGUGCAUGUGAUGUCUUGUUCUGAUAUCGACUUUCUCAAAGUUAAUUGUGGAGAUAAAUGUGGAAAGCAAGAGAUUAGACGCAUUUGGCCGAAUUCUGUCUGCUUAAAG